AUGUCCUCCCUCCCCUCACAAUGGCAGCGUCCGCAAAUUACUCGCGAAGAUACCUCCCAGCGCUCUGAACGCACUCGGACAGCCUCUAUCGAUAUAGGAAUCGACAUGGGGGAAAAGGAGGAAACCUCGGAUUCCAUCACCGCGAUCUUCCGGCAGCGAUACACCCAAUAUGAGAAAACAAUACAGAGCUUGUUCAGGACUGACCGUCCUUGCUGCGCUGCUCCAGAACUGGACCUUUCAACACUGGAGCUCAACGAUAAUUAUCCUUCUGGUCCAACAAAUCCUGCGGUAUCUUCCGUUUCAGACAAUAUUCGGCCUCCAGCGCGACAGCUUGACGACGACGACUACGAUUUCGACGAUGACGACGAAGAUGAGGAGCCAAAGAAAAGCGCGCCCUCGCCUUUACUCGCAAAAGCUUUAUCGUCACAUUCCCAGUCUAGUGAGCCCUCGAGGAACAUAGCGGAAGCAAAAAAGAAUGCUACCGCGACUAGGGAAAAGCUAGAAGCAGACAGGAAAGCCGCGGAGGAGGCGGCGAGAAGCGCGUUAUCCACCAUGUUCUUCACACUGGAAAAUGAUAGAGACGCAAUGUUGGAACAGCAGAAGCUCGAGGAGUCUGAUAGACAGGUCAACGCAGAGGCAAAUGCGGCGCAAGCAAAUGCCCCUGGAAAAUUAAGUAGUGCGAAUUUGGGUGCAUCAAGCCUAACAUUGAAACACUUAAUCGCUAGAAUCGAUGCAAAGCGCGAGAAAGUUAAAGUGUCAGACAUGGAGUUACGGAACUUGAUGUCGGAAGUUAGGAAAAACCGGUCUAAGUGGGCUAAUGAAGACAAAGUGGGCCAAGAAGAGUUAUAUGAAGCGGCAGAGAAAGUUGUGCUUGAAUUAAGAGCGUUAACAGAACACUCAACUGCAUUUCUGAACCGAGUGAAUAAACGGGAAGCACCAGAUUACUUUAGCAUUAUCAAACAUCCUAUGGACUUAGGAACCGUCAUGAAAAAGCUAAAAACACAUCAAUACAAAAGCAAGAAAGAGUUUGUCGAUGAUCUCAAUUUAAUAUGGGCGAAUUGCCUUGCCUAUAAUGCAGAUCCAAUGCAUUACCUCAGGAAGCAUGCCAAGAGCAUGCAGAAAGCCACACAAAAUCUAAUACCUUUAAUUCCGGAUAUAGUUAUUAGGGAUAGGGCGGAGGUUGAGGCGGAAGAGGCCGGUACUAUGGAAGUGGACGCCGAAGGUGAAAGUGACGAUGAACCCCUCAUGUCAUCCCGUGGUAGGAAAGCUCCCGGGACAAAAAAGGCUAGGAAGGGGGCCCGAACAGAAGGAACGCCUGAAGUAAAGCCACCUACGGUACAUCUCCUCCGGGCCGAGUCACUGCCGCCAGGAGAAAGUAGCCAGGUAAACAUAAUGCAAAACGGAUUUCUCACACCUCUGGGAGGGACACCGGUUCCAAAUGGUAUCUCAGGAACAUCGAUGUCACAAAUGGAGAUUGACCAUGACAAGGUUGAUGACGAUUCAAAUGACGUGGAGUAUCAGGCUUGGAAAACCAUGACUAAAAAGGCCAGAGCAAAAGUUGCAAGUGACCGGCAUAAACUUUUGCGUGGAAAUCGUCUCAACCCCGAAGAGCCUGCUCUUCUACGAUCAAGAACCGGUAUGGGGCGGUAUUUAAAGAAUGAAGAACGGCAUCUCAAAUUUCUUCAGGAAAACGAAGACGAGUGUCUGCCUCGAGGCAAUGUCAAUGAAAAGUUGGUUGACUCAGCCGAAGGAGAAGAUGAGGGAGAUCUAUUGCCUGAUUACUACAACCCUCUUUCUUGUGUCCCAGAACUUCCAUGGAGACUUGUUUGGCAUGGAGACAGUGAUGAGGUCGAUCUUCAAGGCCAAGAUAUAAGGCUUGCUCCAAAAGGGAUAUUUACUCAGCCAAAAUCCGAACUAAGCAAAAGAAUGGAUGCAAAUAUCAGGCAGAUGCAAGAUACGCGAAAACUUUGCUCGAAAAUCGCGGUCAUCAAGCAAAUGCAGAUGUACUCUAAUCAGUUUCAAAGAUAUGACCCCAAGGAAUUCAUCGAGGCAGAUGUAGAAGACUUCGUUGUCACCGAAGAGGGCCCUAUAAUGUGUCACGAUGUAGCAAGAGCGGCAUUACAGAGAUCUGUGGGCAAGAUAUUUUUUCAUGCUGGCUUUGAAGAAUAUCAACCAACAGCAAUCGACGCAGUGACAGAUAUUGCAGCGGAUUACAUUCAAAAGCUUUCAAAAACUUUAAUGGUCUACGCUGAAGCGCCAUCGCAUGAAAGACAAUUUUCACCGGAGGAAAUGCUCUUACAUGCUUUGUACGAAAAUGGUGCAGACGUUGAAAGUUUAGAAGCAUACAUCAGAGACGAUGUUGAACGUUUAGGGUCUAGACUCAAUGGUAUUCAUGAGCGGAUGAAAUUUCAUCUUACAGAACUUUUACGUCCGGCUCUUACAGAUACAGGUGGAGAUGGUUCCAGAAUGUUUAAUGACGGAAGUGAGAUGUUUGUUGGUGGUGACUUUGCAGAAGACAUUGGUGAUGACUUCUUUGGGUUUAAGGAGUUGGGCCUAGACAAGGAGUUUGGGCUUUCCUCCCUUUCCGUUCCACUGCAUCUACUUCAAGGGAGGAUGCGCAGUACUUUCCAGAAUCCCAGUGCAAGUGCUGCUGUGUCAGCUGAUGGCUAUAAACAACCUCCACCUUUCGAACCCGUUACACACGAAAUCAUCACGAAACAAAUUGGCCUUGUCCAAAACUUCUUUCUCGCAAAGCUUCACGCCAACAACGAAGAGGCCCUUGUUGAAGAUGAGCACCUUCAAGGAAAACAAAAGCCGCCAAAACCGAGACUGCCACCUACGGGAAAAAUCUCAAUGCCACGGAAACGACCGUCGAACAGCCAUGGUGGUAAUUCCAAGAAAAAGAAAAAGCCAAACCCGGCUCCUGCGUCUACGAAGACUGCACUGGUCAAGGACGCUCCUCCAGCUCUAGAGCGGACUCUUUCCAAGAUAUCAGAAGGCGGUGACGAGGGCAAUGGCGGAAUGAUGUCACCAGAAUCAUUGGUCGGCGGUGGUGGUUAA